AUGGGUAAAGUCAUUUUAGUUACUGGUGUAUCCAGAGGUAUUGGUAAGUCCAUCGUGGAUGUCCUUUUUAGCUUGGACAAGGAGAUAGUUGUAUACGGCGUGGCCAGAUCAGAGGCUCCAUUGAAGAAGUUGAAAGAGACAUAUGGUGACAGGUUCUUCUACGUCGUUGGAGACAUUACCGACGAUUCAGUGUUGAAGCAAUUGGUAAGCACCGCUGUUGAGGGCCAUGGCAAGAUCGAUUCGUUGGUCGCCAAUGCAGGUGUCCUAGAGCCCGUGCAAAAUGUCAAUGAGAUUGACGUCAAUGCCUGGAGAAAGCUGUAUGACGUCAAUUUUUUUAGCAUCGUUUCUCUGGUUGGCAUUGCGCUGCCUGAGUUGAAGAAGACCAACGGUAACGUAGUCUUCGUCAGUUCGGACGCUUGCAACAUGUAUUUCAGCAGUUGGGGUGCAUACGGCUCCUCAAAGGCCGCUUUAAACCACUUUGCUAUGACGUUAGCCAAUGAGGAAAAGCAGGUCAAGGCGAUUGCCGUGGCUCCAGGUAUUGUGGACACAGACAUGCAAGUAAACAUCAGAGAGAACGUGGGACCAUCUUCCAUGAGCGCGGAGCAAUUGAAGAUGUUCAAGGGCUUAAAGGAGAACAACCAGUUGCUAGACAGCUCUGUGCCAGCGACAGUCUACGCCAAAUUGGCUCUACGUGGUAUUCCAGAGGGUGUUAAUGGCCAGUAUUUGAGUUACAACGACCCUGCCUUGAAGGACUUUAUGCCUUGA